CCAACUAACUGAUUCAAAGAUUUCCCUCGCUCAGCCCAACGGUUUCUCUUUGUAGAUGACACUGAUACAGUUAUACUCCAAAACUACCAACUUCACUUCUUUGAUUCUUGCUCUGCAGCACACAACUCUCUCUCUCUCUCUCUCUCUCUCUCUCGCUUUGUGAAAACUGGAAGAAAUCACUUAAUUGAAAAAAUACCCACUUGCAUUUUCUUGCAAAAUCAAUGGCAGAGCAAACCCAGAUAGAAAUCAAACCUCCACAACCCGCUCACUAUUCCGAUGCCGGUGAUGAUCAAGUGCUAGAGCAGCAGGUUCGGUUCUUCAAGUCUGGCACUCGAAAGAGAGAGGACAGCUGGGUCAUCUCCCUCUUCGUGGUCCUCCACAUUGUAGCCUUCGCAGCCACCAUGUUUGUCAAUGAUUGUUGGCAAAACUCUCACCGUGAUUGCGCCAUCAAAGUUCUUGGACGCCUGUCCUUUCAGCCACUUUGGGAGAAUCCGCUGCUCGGUCCUUCCUCGUCCACUCUAGAUGAAAUGGGGGCUCUUCAACAGACAUUUUUGGCAAAUCAUCAUCAAACUUGGCGUCUUUUCACGUGCCUAUGGCUGCAUGCUGGAGCAAUUCACCUUAUUAUUAACCUUUCUAGUGUUAUUUUUGUUGGAAUUCACUUGGAACAAGAGUUUGGACCACUGAGGAUUGGUAUGGUAUACAUACUAUCCGCUUUUUUCGGUAGUUUGGUAGCUGCCCUUUUUCUUCAAAAGAGCCCUGCAGUUGGUUCAUCUGGUGCUCUGUUUGGACUACUAGGCUCCAUGCUUUCCGGUCUUAUAUGUAACUGGAAAGUUUACACUGAUAAGCUUGCAGCUCUGUCAGCACUUCUCCUUGUAGCUGUGAUCAAUUUUGCACUUGGCUUGCUACCUUAUGUUGACAACUUUUCAAACUUGGGAGGGUUUAUAUCAGGGGUCCUUCUAGGAUUUGUUCUCCUAUUCAGCCCUAGGCUUCCAAGAAUGACUGAAAAAAAAGGUGGCUUCUUUGAUUACGGUGUCAAAAAAUCCAUCAGAUUAAAGCAGAAAUUCAACAGGCCGGUGCUGAGGAGUGUUUCUUUUGUUCUCUUUGGUCUUGUAUUAGCAGGAGCCAUUGUUGCUGUUCUUCAUGGCAUAGACAUGAACAAAUACUGCAGUUGGUGUCAAUAUAUCAAUUGUGUCCCUUCCAACAGGUGGAGCUGCAAUACCAAAGUAACAGCUUGUCAGACAAUGGAAAAUGCAGGACGGCUGACUGUGACAUGCAUGGGGAAGGACAACUUUCGGGUUUUUCCUUUCACCAGCUUCUCAGAGACCCGCUUACAUGACUUGUGCGAUUUGAUAUGCUCAUAAAACCUUGUGAAUUUUGGUGAAUAGAGACAAGAAAACUGUAUGCUCUUCAGUGCUGGUGCUACAUUGAAAUUCAUUCAUUUUGAAUAUCUGUGGCAUUGUGAUCUUGUCAUUGAUUCAUUUAUUUCUAAAAACUAGGGACUUGUGCAGUCUGAUAUAGAAGCUUGGCCAAGUUGGAGACACUGUUUUUGAUAUGGGAAAGUAAUACAAAGUGUGAAUAUUGACACCGUCUGUUAGUGAUAA